GAUCAGUCAGGUGCGCGCCAUCACUUCGACUGAUUGCUUCCACAAUCCAGAGUGUCCUUGCCCAGCCCAUCUGGUCGUGUGUAAGCCAAAUAAUUAAUAAAGAAGCAGGGUGCCUCGCAGAGUGGCUGGCUCGUCUCUUAACUACUAGUCUACCUGCUUUCAUUUACCAGGAAACAUCACCCUUUGAUAUACACGAGACUCCCAGACAUAAAAAAAACUUUUCGAAAAUCUGUGAUAUCCCUUCGGGGUAUACGUUCCCUCAAGAUGUCCGCUAGAUCAUCGCAUGAUACCCAGCAAGACUUGACCAUCUCCGCAAAUGAGGAGAAAAGUGGACCCAGUCAGGCUGCCAACUCUCCCGUUCCUGAACAAUUCCUUCCGCUAGGGAAUGAGAAGGGUGAUGAAGAAGUAGGCCUUGGCCCCGAAGCACAAAAGGAAUUGUCGAAAACCCCGACGAAUGUUAGCCAUGUUGGCGCACUGGCCAGUAGAACCUUGACCCUAGUCCGCACCCGAGAGUCUGGAAGGGACCUGGGACCUCCCCCCGAUGGUGGCUUCAAGGCAUGGUCUCAAGUAGCCUUGGCUCAUUUCGUCAUCUUCAACACCUGGGGCUACAUCAAUAGUUUUGGUGUGUUCCAAACCUACUAUACCGAGACGCUAGGUCGCACCCCGUCCGAUAUCUCCUGGGUAGGCAGUAUCCAGAUCUUCUUACUCUUCUUCGUCGGCACCUUCUCUGGACGCGCAACCGACGCCGGCUAUUUCAAAGCCAUCCUGACCAUUGGGGCUGUCCUGGAGUUAUUUUGCAUCUUUAUGACCUCCCUGUGCACGCAGUAUUGGCAGCUGUUCCUGGCUCAGGGCGUUGGUCAGGGCAUCGGUUGUGGACUGAUGUUCUGCCCGACCAUUGCGCUGAUGCCGACUUACUUUACCAAAAACCGAGCGAUUGCGAUCGGAAUUGUGGCCUCGGGCUCUGCCACCGGCGGCCUGGUUUUCCCGGCGGUGGUCAUGCGACUCCUCCCUCAAAUCGGAUAUGGCUGGACCAUGCGGACCCUGGGGUUCAUCUCUUUGGCGACGCUGAUUCCGUGCCUGGUGUUUCUUCAGCAACGACUGCCUCCGCGUCGCAGCGGACCCCUCGUCGAAUGGGGGGCGUUCAAAGAGGCGCCCUAUGCUUUGUUCGCCUUGGGGAUGUUCCUCAACUUCUGGGGCCUCUAUGUCGGGUUCUUCUACAUCGGGAGCUUCGCCCGCAACAUCAUCGGGGUCUCCAACUCGACGUCGAUCGACGUCCUUUUAGUCAUGAAUGGUGUCGGUCUGCUGGGCCGGUUGAUUCCCAACCUGAUGGCCGAUCGGUACACGGGACCGUUGAACAUGUUGAUCCCGUUCAGCCUGGUGACAGGAGUGGUCGCGUUCUGCUGGGCUGCGGUUCACACUUACAACGAGAUGUAUGCCUUCAGUGCGUUCUAUGGGUUGGCAGCAGCAGGAAUCCAGUCGCUCUUCCCGGCCACCCUGAGCACGCUUACCACGGAUCUGAAGAAGACCGGAGUGAGAAUGGGCAUGGUGCUCAGUGUAGUGGCUGUGGCUGCGCUGAUCGGUACCCCCAUUGCCGGGGCACUGGUCGAUCGGGAUGAUGGGCAAUAUCUGUAUGCGCAGAUGUUCAUGGGCAGUGCGAUUCUGGCGGGGACGCUGACCUUGAUUGCGGCGAGAGUGACGAAGCUGGGGCUGACCUGGCAACGAGCGUAGCCAGGAUGACUGCCGCGGUGGGUGAGCAGUACUUGAAGCUGAGCCAACUGUACAUACAGUAGACAAUUGCAGUGAAGCAGUAAAUAAAAGUGUAUUAACUAGAAUAACCAUGUUAAAUAUGACACCAAUGAACG